AUGGGAUCAUCUAGAGAAGACUCGGAAGAGCAGUUCACUUUGAAUACCGACUACUCGCCACCAGCUACCUGUGACUUGGGGACUCAACAACUCAUUGCCAGACUUGCUGCAGAAGAAGAAAGGAAUAAUCUGAGAGCUGAUGAUGUUAAUGAUGGAAAUAAGCAAGCACAGAAAACAAAGAAGAUUAUGCUGGUCGAUUCAGAAGAAGAAUCUGAUGUUGAAAUCACACCCCCAACCCGAUCAAGCAAGCCUCACAGACAAACAACUUUUGGAACAGCCACGCGGAAGCCCAUGUUACAAUCCACUCUGGAUGGUGGUAGUGGCUCGUCCGCACGGGCUCAUAGUCAGAAGAAGGCUCCAUUGAAAGUCGUGAUUAGGGGAGGGAGAAGAAAGGCAUCAACUCAAGCCUUGUCUAGUGAGGCGCGGAAAAAGAAGGGCUCCUCUAGUCGGUCGCAGAAGAAUAAGAAGAAGGUUGAAGAGGAGAUACCGAAUUUAGAUGAUGAUUUGGAAGAAGUUGAGUUGGACGACCCUGAAAUCGAUUUGGAAGAGAUGGAGAAUAGGCAAAGGUCAGACGUCUGGAAGGAUUUCACUGUGGUUGAAAAAACAAGUGGAGAUUUGAAAGCUGUAUGCAAUCAUUGCAGGAAUGAGUAUGCGUGGUAUUAUCACUCGCAUGGAACAAGUGGGUUGAUGAGACAUCAAGGGAGAUGUAAAAUGUAUCCUAGGAAUGGAGGAAGGAAGCAACAACUCAAUACCGAGGGGAAAGUAGUAUCUCGUAAGUACGAUCAUAUUGUGUUUAGGCAGUUGGUAGCAAAGACAAUUGUCCAGCAUGAUCUACCAUACUCUUACGUGGAGUAUGAAAGAGUGAGAGAGACAUGGAAGUAUUUGAAUGUUCAUGUUCAAUUCAUCUGUCGAAACACGGCGAAAUCAGAUGUGUAUCGAUUGUAUGAAAGCGAGAGAGAUACAUUGAAACGAGAAUUAGCGAGUCUUCCUGGACGAGUCUCCUUCACUUCCGACUUGUGGACGUCACUGAAACGUGAAGGGUACAUGUGUGUGACCGCACAUUACAUUGAUCGGAAUUGGAAGUUGAACAGCAAGAUCCUGUCAUUUAGUGCUCUACCACCACCACAUAACGGUAUGAGUGUUGCGAUUCACCUUCUUGAGUCGCUGAAAGAGUGGGGUCUCGAGAAGAAGGUGUUCUCUAUCACAUUAGAUAAUGCUUCAAGUAAUGACUCGAUGCAAGACAUAGUCAAAUCGCAUCUGUUGCUAAAUGAUGAUUUGUUAUGUGGAGGAGAAUUUUUCCAUGUCAGAUGUGCUGCUCACAUCCUUAACCUGAUAGUGCAAGAUGGUUUGAAGGUUAUUGGAGGCGCUUUGCACAAAGUUAGAGAGAGUAUUAAGUAUGUGCUAGCAUCGGAAGCGCGGGAAGAGUUGUUUGAAAAAUGCGUGAAUGCUGCAGGCAUAAAUGAAAACGCGGGUCUGAUCUUGGAUGUGCAGACAAGAUGGAACUCGACUUACUUUAUGCUUGAAAGAGCCAUCAAGUAUCGUAAAGCAUUUGUUAAGUUGGAGACAUUUGAUAAGAGAGGUUAUAAAGUGGCGCCUACGACUGAGGAAUGGACGCGAGCUGAUAAGAUAUGCCAAUUUUUGUGCCCUUUCGCAGAGAUCACAAAACUGAUGUCAGGUGCUAAUUACCCCACCUCGAACUUGUAUUUUUAUCAAGUUUGGUCCAUCCAUGAGUGGCUUCAAAUGAAUGAGUUCAGCGAGGAUGAGAUCGUCCAAAAAAUGGUGCCACCAAUGAAAGAGAAAUUUGAUAAGUAUUGGGAUGAAGUUAGUGGUGUUUUUGCAAUGGCAGCAGUCUUUGAUCCACGUUUCAAGCUUUCAAUUGUCGAGUGUUGCUUAGGAAAGCUUGACAUGAGUACACGUGAAGUGAAGUUGAAAAACUUGCGCCAGAAGCUGAGUAUUUUGUUUGAGUCUUACGACAAAAAAUCCAAGGCUAACUCACCGUCUACGGAGCCACGUGAGACGGUUCCACAAAAUGUCACUGCUACAGGUUCCAUGGGACUGUUUGGAAACUACCAAGAAUUCUUUAAAUUUCGCAAAGUCAACGGAGCUGCUACUGGAAAGACAGCUCUAGAAGCUUAUCUUGAUGAACCUCCUUUGGACAUUGAUAGUUUAGAGAGCUUGGACAUUCUCCAAUUCUGGAAAACUAACACUCAUCGUUACGGUGAUUUGGCUGCAAUGGCUUGUGAUCUGCUCAGCAUUCCUAUCACAACAGUGGCUUCAGAGUCCUCCUUUAGUAUUAGGUCGCGAGUUCUUAACAAAUACCGGAGCCGUUUACUCCCAAAAAAUGUGCAAGCUCUGAUAUGCACAAGGAAUUGGAUAAGAGGAUAUGAGGCUUAUGAAAAUGGUAAAUAUCUCACAUUAUAA